AUGUCGGACAUCGCAAAGAGGGAUUUCGAGAUGCUCGCCGUGGAUGGCAGCAACUACCUCACUUGGGCGACCGACAUCGAGAUCAGACUCGAUGGCAUGGGCCUCGAUCAUACCAUUGUCCAGCCUGAAGCUGGCAAGGAUGAGCGCACAAAGCAGGAUAAGGCAAAGGCAUUGCAUUACCUGCGGCACCACCUUCAUCCUGACUUGAAGUGCGAGUACAUGACAGAGAAGGACCCGCUAGUCUUGUGGCAGUCCCUGAAGGACCGCUUCAGCCAGCAGCUGACCAUUGUGCUCCCCAGAGCACAACAAGACUGGAUCAACCUACGCUUCCAAGACUUCAAGUCUGUGGCAGCGUAUAACUCCGCCUUGCACAGGAUUGUGACCAAACUGCGUCUAUGUGGCUAG